AUGGGAGAGAAGCCGUUUCGUCUUCAUCUUACAUCAGAAGCGCAAAUUUUACGUUAUAUUCGUUAUUGUACCAAUAAUAUCUACUCACAAGUAUACAUCGAUGCAACUGGAUCGAUAGUGAAGAGUUUACCACAUCAAAAGACAGUUCUAAUGUAUGGAGCUGUUUUUAAAGAUGGAAAUGAUCCAACGAACGUAAUUCCUAUGGGACACGCUAUCCUUGCUGAUCACACGGCAACGAGUAUAAGCUAUUUUCUUGGUAGUCUUCGACAACAUAUCGUUACCAUCAAAGAUAAAGUUAUUCGACAUUCUUUUUUUGUCACAGAUUUCUCUCCAGCUAUAUUUAAUGCUAUUUUACAGGCAUUCAAUCAUGAAGAUAUUCGUGGUCAUUUAGAACAAUGCUGGAAUGUCAUUUUACGGAAAUAUGAUGCGAAACAAAUUCGUUCUCGGUCAUUUUUGCGCUUUUGCUAUUCUCAUAUGAUGAAUGCCUUUGCUAGAAGUUUAUCAGCUGCCAAAGUAGCGAAAGACAUAAGAAAAAAAGCAUUGCACAUUUUUGCUUUGUUCAUCAAUUGUGGUGAAUUGGAAAUGCCAUUUAAGUUUUUAAAACGCGUUUUGCACGUGUUCGAAAACCCACAAGCUACUGAUGCGGAGGAUAUUCUUCAGAAAUUUCUAGAAGCACCAUAUGAUGAUGAAACUAUACUUGACAAGAGUGGCUCGUGUGAGAUAGAGGUAGAUGAGGAAUCAGUUGAUCCUUUAGAUGAGGUAGAUGAGAAUGUACACGACACGAAAACACGAAAAAGUGCUCGUAUUUUGCAAGCUUCUUUACCUAAAGCUAUUGAAACACUUGAUUCGUCACCAGUGCGUCGAGUUCGUAAGAUUGUGAUGAUUGAUCAAUGUCCACUUCUUUGGCCAGCGUUUGGAAUAAACAAUAAAAUUUUCGAAGGUUCAAUAUUUUUGCUCUUUUAA